AUGGCUCCAGUAGAGUGGAUCUGCCAGCUGUGCCAAGACAUCCUCUUGGAGCCCCUGACGCUCCCGUGCUGCGGCGAGUCCUUUUGCAAGACCUGCCUGCAGCAAUGGACAGUUGUGAAGCUGGAUGAGGGAGCACCCAAGGCCAGGUGUCCCAGUGGUUGUGGAAAGCAGAUCGACUAUCGCCUUCCGAGCGUGUCGAAGCUGCUCAGCAGCUGGCUGGAGUCUGCACAUGGCAACGAGCUGGAAGAGCGCCGGAGGGACCAGGAGGAGGAGGACAUCCAUGGCUUCAGCCUCUGGCAGGAAGUCGCCGCCUCCCGUGACCUUCAAGUUGGCAGCACUCUGGCGAUCGCCUUUGGAACCAGUGGUAUUGUGAUUGGCAGGCACGAGGAGGAAGACCGGGUCAAAGUGAAAUUCGACACUUUUCUCUUUGGCAUGAACGGAGUCUUCAACGUAAGUCCCGACGAGCUCUUGCCGCAGGUGCCUAGCGGCUUUGGGGUUCAGAUCGGGCAGCGCGUCCUUGCCUCACAGGAUCUCAUCAUCGGUUCUGCCGUGGCAGUUCCCUUUGCAACCUUGGGAACGGUGCUCGGGCCCUCUGGCGUACCGGAGAGGAUCGCGGUGCGGUUCGACAGCGUUGCGGAGGGCCAGCCCCAUGACCUCUCCGUCCAAGCCUUUGAGAUUCUGCCGCACGUGAACCUGAUAGGUGGGUUCAGAGUGGCCCAGAACGUGACCGCUGUGGAAAACAUCAUGCUGCAGGACACGAUCUUGGUCCCCGAGGGCGCUGUGGGAAAAGUGCUCGCUCAGUACCUAGGCAGGUACAGUGACACGCGCCUCACCGUCAUGUUCGAGGGCAGACUGGAUGGCCGCUCCGAGGUUUGUGCGGCGGGCGCUGCCAUCGUCACACAACCGAUGGACGUGGUCAAGACGAAGAUGCAGAUCCACCGGAUGAUGACCUCUCGAGAUGAUGGAUUCAGGAGGGUCAAGGUGGCUCGUUUCUUCGCAACUUUCCGGGAGACGCACCAGGCCACAGGCCUUCGGGGUCUCUGGGCUGGUGGCAGUGCGCGGCUUUGCAUGGCAGCAGCCGCCGGCAUGCUCCUUGGUCCCGCCUUGGAGUAUGCGCAGCUCAUCAGCAGCGAUGCCACCAGGCCUCUGCGAAGGCAGCUGGACCUCGGAGAGGACCCUGGCCGAACCAUCGUUCAUCCGCGGGCAUCGAAGGAAAUGUUCAUCGACGUGAAGCUUUAA